CAUAAAUCUCUCUACGUCCUCCCCUCUCUCUCUCUCACUAGAACAAAUCGCCGGAGACCAUAGAUGGAGAAUCCAGAAUAAUAAAGAAAUGGGACUCCGCUCCGGAGAUUAAAGCCACCUCUUUCCCCACACUCACGAGUCUCCUAAUCGAUCGUCUUUUCAGCUUAUCAACAAUUACAUCUUUCUUGCACAAGGUCUCUUUCUCUCUCUAAAUUGUAAAUUUUCAGCUUUGACUCUCAAUAAUCCUGCAUCAUUCUUUUAUCUUAUCAUGGUUGUUAUAUCAACUUAGAUAGUUGGUUGAUUGGAUUGUGUCACAAUCUUGGUCACCGUUUUUCCCGUUUUGAGUUAGGGUUUUCAUUGGGUUGACUUGAUAAUUAGGGUUUUGUUUUUUUUUUUUUUCGGUUGACAAAUCACCAAAUUAGGGUUUUCUUUUUAAUCUGGGUGAGCAAAUAAAGAUAGGGUUUUUAUAUGUUUGUGCACCCAACCGUCUGAAACUCGGGUUUUGACUUGGUUGAGCAAGAACAGAAAAGCUUGGGGUUUUGAUUUGGGGAUUGUUGAAUUUGUGAUGGGGGACGAGAUACCAAAUGCAAUGAACCUUGAUUUGAAUUUGGGAUCUCUUGUCCCUCUCUCACCUGAUAAUGAGCUUAUUGGGCCGGCAUCAUUGUCCGCUGAAUCAUUGAACUUAGAGGAUAUGGUAGAUGGGGGUGUACGUCGACCGAGGGAAUCUGCUCGGUGGAGGCGGCGAUGGCGUUCGUUAUGGCUACCUCCAGUUCCCCCUGAAGCUAGGAACAUUGCCCUGGAGUUGAUGGUCAAUUCCAGUGUUGAUGGUGGUGGUGGUGGUGGUGGUGCUAGAAGAUUGCAAACUGGUGAGGGUAGUGUUGCUGCUGAGGAAAGAAAUACUGAGGCAGUGAAAAAGUGUGAGAACGAAACAAUUCAUGUGGAGAACAAGGUGCUACACGAAAAGGAAGAUGUGGAAAAGGGUGGCGGCAAUGAGGGGAGCUUUUUUGAUUGUAAUAUAUGCUUGGAAUUGGCUAGGGAUCCUGUGGUGACUUGUUGUGGUCAUUUGUUUUGUUGGCCAUGCCUUUAUCGGUGGUUGCAUGUUGAUUCAGAUGCCAAGGAAUGUCCAGUGUGCAAGGGAGAGGUGUCAAUAAAAAAUGUGACCCCAAUUUAUGGUCGUGGGAACAAUAUCCGAAACAUAGAGGAGGAUUCGAGUCUUAAAAUACCACAUAGGCCCCAAGCGCGGCGGGUUGAGAGCUGGAGGCAAACCAUUCAAAGGAACGCAUAUGCUAUUCCGAUGGAGGAAAUGAUUCGGCGUAUUGGCAGUAGAUUUGAUUUGAAUCGCGAACAGGCCCCAGUGCAACCUCAGAACAAUGAAGCUACCCACGGUUCACCUGAGAGAAGGAGUUUUGAUUUGUCUCGGAUUCUAACUUCUAGGGGAAUGCAUAGAGAACAGAAUGCAGUUAUUCAACCAGAUGAUGUAGUUGACUUAACACUAAGCAGCCCUACUAACUCCGAGUUGGGUGAAAGUCGCCGAUUUUCAUCCCAUUUACUUCGAAGGUCACAUUCACAUAGAGCUGCUACAAUUACAAAUCUUACAUCUGCAUUGGUUAACGCUGAGAGGAUAGUUGAGUCCUAUUUCCAUAACCAUCUUGUAGAAAGAAAUCCUCCAUCAGUUGAUGAUAGAGAUUCUAUGUCAAGCAUUGCUGCUGUUAUACACUCGGAAAGUCAGACAGUUGAUACUGCUGUUGAAAUUGAUUCUAUUGUGUCCCUUUCUACUUCAUCAUCUAGAAGAAGAAAUGAUGCAUCAAGGGUUUCAGACGUGGACAGUGGGGAUUCUCGAGCACCUAGGAGGAGGAGAAUGAACUGAAAUGAGCACCCUUAUAACUAUUAAUUAUUCUCUUGAGAUUUCAGUUUCCCAGCAGCUUUGUAAGUGCAAAUUGCCUUUAUAUAGCAUUUUGUUCUAGAAAAUAUUCACCUUUUUGCUACAGUCAUCAACUGGCAUAAGGUGCUAAUAGAAUCAUUUGAACUUUGCUGCUUAUAACGUGGUUUGCAACAUUGUCACCGUUCUUUAGUAGGACUUUGUGCUUUCAGAAUUGUAUUGCAAACAUGUGGUGAUUUAUUCCCCAGUGUACAACCAUGUGAACUUUAUUUAUAUUUGUAUAUUUGCAGUAGGUAGGGGCCAUUGCUUGGUGCAAUGGUAAAAGUAAGGCCUGUCUAGCAUGAUAAAGCAGUGUUGAGUCUGGGGGCAGUUCUCUUGUACGAGUAAUGCCCAAAGUUAGAUCUGUGUUUUGUCCGUCCUUUUCACUACCAUCAAUUAACAGGGACCAACUUUGAGUAAUGACCUUUAUAUUUAUUGGAA